AUGGAUUCGACAGUCGCGCCCGGCACUUUAAACAUUCCACAAAUAAUUCGCAGUGAAACACGUUUACGUGAAACGACCUAUCGUUUAAUAAUUUCCCAAUUAUUCUAUGAUGGUCAUCAACAAUUGGCUGUAUCGCUUUCCAAUCUUCUGCAAACAUCUCCGCCAUGUCCACCGUCAGAUCGAUUAACUCACAUUGUUCGACUUGGUUUAAAAGCUGAUGAAGAGCUAGAACAAGCACAAAAAUCAUCGAUCGUUGUUGCUGAAAACGUCCAAGAUAUAGGCCUUGAUUUUGAUUAUCAAUCUGAUUCACCAAUUACUAGUCCAGAUGCUGGCUCGUACGAAACAUUUUAUGUUACUGCUCACAAAGCACCUUGUCGUGCCGCUGCUUUCGAUGCAACUGGAUCGAUUAUCGCUACCGGUUCAGUAGAUGCAUCGAUUAAAAUUCUUGAUGUGGAUCGAAUGCUUAUUAAAAAUAGUUUCGGUCUAGACUAUGCACCAUCUUCCAUCGAACCACCUAUGGAUAAUCAUCCAGUCAUUCGAACGCUCUAUGAUCACGCCGACGAAGUCACAUGUCUGGACUUUCAUCCAUUCGAUCCUAUUCUUGCAUCGGGCUCACGUGAUUAUACGAUAAAAUUUUUCGAGUACGCUAAAUCAACAACGAAAAAGUCGUUUCGUACAAUCAAGGAAGUUGAUCAGAUACGUUGUUUGAGUUUUCAUCCAAGCGGUGACUGGUUAGUUGUUGGUACACAGCAUCCUGUGACACGUUUGUACGACGUGGAAACAGGCCGCUGCUUUGUCUCAACUCAACCGCAAGAUCAGCACACCAAAGCGAUAACUUGUGUCAAAUGGGCACCGAAUGGAAAACAGUUUGCUACAUCAUCGAAAGACGGUUCAUUCAAAAUUUGGGAUGGUGUAACAAAUCGUUGCAUAAAUACAUUCGAUGGUGCACAUAAUGGUGAAGAAGUUUGCUCAGUAGCUUUCACAAAAAAUUCCAAGUAUUUGUUGACCAGUGGAAAAGAUUCACAAGUUCGUCUGUGGGAAUUAUCCACAGCACGUUGUCUAAUUCACUAUACCGGUGCUGGUACAUUAGCUAAGCAAGAACAUCGUGCGACUUGUGUUUUUAAUCACACAGAAGAUUAUAUACUCUAUCCUGAUGAAAAAGCGACGUCGUUGUGUUGUUGGAAUUCGCGUAAUGCUGAACGACAACGUCUAUUGGGUUUAGGUCAUAAUGCUCCUGUAAAAUGUAUUGUACAUAGUCCAACAGCACCAGCUUUUGUCACAUGUUCCGAUGAUCAUCGUGCAAGAUUUUGGUGUAAAAGAACAUUGUUUGGUGACUAA